UGGGAUACGGUGUCAGAUGGCAGCUUCCUAGUGGUUGGAGAGAUAACAUGCUUUUCUUAGAUCGAUCAUUGUCCAGUAAAAAGAUAUCCUAAACAUAUUUGAAGUAUUGCAUUCUUCAUUAAUAAACUCAAAAUUCGUUCCUUUUUCGCAGCAUAGAAUUGAGAGAGAGGGGAUAAUAUGGCAACAAGCAGCUUGGCAACUCCUGGAUUUGUGGUGGCACCAAAUUUCACAGCCAAUUCAGUAAGUGCACCCAAAAGUGGUAUACUAUUCUUUUCUUCCAAGAACAACAGCAAUUCAAGGCUGGUUGUGAAGGCUGCAGAAGAGGCGAAAGCACCGGCGGCCACCACUGCAACGCCUGCGGCCGAAGGUGAAGCCCCGCCUGCAAAAGCGGCCAAGCCACCUCCGAUUGGCCCCAAGAGGGGCACCAAGGUGAGAAUUCUGAGGAAGGAGUCCUACUGGUACAAGGGAGUUGGCUCAGUUGUUGCAGUUGACCAGGACCCCAAGACUCGGUACCCAGUCGUCGUGCGGUUCAACAAAGUGAAUUAUGCAAAUGUAUCUACAAACAACUAUGCAUUGGAUGAAAUCCAGGAAGUCGAAUGAGGGCAAUCCCAUCCCAUGUCAUAAAAUGUAGAAUUCCUCUCCUGUUUAAUAUUUAAUACAACACCUUGCUUGCUUGUGUAUGAAUAUGGGUAUAUAUCAUGCUUCAAUCCUUUAAUUCUCA